AUGAAGCCUCAUUACAGUAAUGUUUAUAAACAAUCAUUAUACCAGUGUCAAUUUUCGCCAUCAAACGAAUAUGUCGCACAUGCUGUUGAUAAUCGUCUUGUCAUUCGUUACAAUGAUAUUGAUCUCACCAUCAUUCAUGUAUACGAAUGUCCGUUUGUGAUUGAAUACGUGCAAUGGUCCCCAGAUUCAAAGUACAUCUUAAUAGCCUCGCCAUCGAAGGCUAUUGUGCAUGUCUUGUCAAUAUCAGAUACUAUUUGGCGAGCAAUUUUUGAAGAUCAUUAUCAUGGUAUUCAACGCGUUACAUGGCGUUCAGAUUCUGGAGGAAUCAUAACAGCAGCUCAUGGCCAGUUUCAAUUAAAGAUGUGGUCUUUAACAUCGAAAGAUGUGCUGGUGAUAAAAGGAGCCAAGUUUGCUAACAAGGGAUAUAUGUCUAGCCCUGAUGGAAAAUACUUUGCUGUCUUGGAGACAAAGCAAGGAAAGGAUCAUUUAAGCAUCUACACCCCUAGAUGGACAUUAGUCAAACAUUUCAAAAUAGACACUGCUGAUGCUAGUAAUAUUCAAUGGUCGCCUAAUAGUAGCUAUCUGGCUGUCUGGGACAAUUCUCUCUAUUACAAGAUACUUGUGUAUCGCCCUGAUGGUCACCUCUACACAUCUUAUCAAGCACCUGAAGAUGGACUUGGUAUUAAAACUGUGGCAUGGAAUAGUAGGAGUUCUAUACUUGCCAUGGGAGGUUAUGAUCAUCAAAUUCGCUUCAUGACAACAUCUGAUUGGAAAGUUGUUAUUCGUCUAUCACAUCCAUCUACUAUUCACCAGAACACAGUGGAUAUAUAUGAAGAAAACUCGCUGGACCAAAAGAGUCUCAAGCGCCCGCUUCCUUUACCGAUGACUCGGCCUGACUAUAACAUUGCCAACCCAUCUACCGGAAUUGGUGCCUUCCAAUUCAGCCCUGAUGGUCGGUUAUUUUAUAGUAUUGAUGAUAGUAUGCCGACAACACUGUGGUUGUGGAAUGCACGGACAUUGAAGACCGAAAUGAUCGUGUGCCAGUUGAAUCCGAUUCGACAGGUUGUGUGGCAUCCAGCGGUGUCCAAGUUGUUCCUCGUGUCUGGGGAGGACCGACUGUCGGUGGUUGAGUACUCUAGUGGCCAAUGGGAUAUUACUGUUAUAACAGUCCCUACAGGUCAGGAGAGUUCAAUGGAGCAAACAUCAGGAACAUGCGUUGUUGAUGGAUACACACUUGUUCUGUUUAAUGAAUUUGUUUUUGAAAGAACAGGAAAAAUAAUACAAUAG